AUCCACCCGGGCCCCUAUUCUGGGUACUGCGACAGAAAUCCGGCACAGUUGUCGAACGAGGACACGAUGCGAUUCGGGGAUUUCUCUGCAUCGGUAAUCGUUGAUGGAAGUCCUCUGCAAGAGUACGAUAUUGUGGUGGAUGAAGACGAGCAGGAAGUUACGUGCUAUAUCCCCUCCAGGAGUGGAAAGAGGUUCUCCGUCAAGUGGAAUGAUUGGAUGUGGGAGCGGGGUCUUGACAGUUCUGGCUAUGUGACGUUGGAUGGGCUCAAGUGCAUAGGCAGAGUGAUUGACACCACGAAGGACAACACUGCCGAGCGUUCGGGGUUUGAUUUAGACGAAAGAACUGUCAGGGACUUUAUGUUCUCUAACCUCAGGUUGACGGACGACGACGCGUACCUUCGCAUCCCGGGACUCGAGAAACUGGGAGAGAUCUCACUCGAGAUCUGGCGGGGAAGGUGCAUGGGACCAGGGGCACAUCUUAGGUUCGGGACUCCUAAUGACAACCGUAUUGUUCACGAGCGAACCAAGAAGGCGAUGGUUCACUGUGUUGGCUUUGCCGAAGAGAGGAGCUUGCUAUAUCCGACAACGUCCGUCAACUUUCACACUUUAGGGACUCACCCGGCGGCCCGUUUUAUCUUCAAGUAUAAGCCAUUAGAAGUUCUGCAGGCACAGGGCAUUGCACCGCCACCCAUUGCAGAGCUUUCGCCAACGAGGACGAUCUCCAGCUGUAGGCACGCCAGCGCCCGUAUCCGCGCUUUAGAGCUUGAGGUCGCAAGGUUGCAGAGGAAACGCUCUUCCCAUACUGCAGUUUCCGUGAGGAGUGUGUCAGACGAACGUCCCGCAAAACGGAUUAGGCACGAGGUAGAUGGAGAUAUCAUUGAUUUGACUUGAGAUCGAACGGAUUCUUGCUGAAGCGGACUUUUUGUAUUGUUGUCAUACUUAUACUUCGUUGUAAUGGAGGGCUUACUCAACUAUAAUGCAUCAUUAACAAACAUAUUAUCUACAGUAUCCGCGUUAGCACGCAGGAAGAGUAGUACAAGGCCACAACUAAAUGCUUUCGGGCCAUUGACGCUGGUCGAGGGAUUCUCGUUGCGACGCGACUUGGACGCCACGAUUUAGCCGACGGAACCAUUACGAGGACCCUGGCGCGGCGACGCGUGCGGAUGUGCAUACCAAACGUCGCGUUACCGUCUUCACUAUCAUUGCAUCCAUUAAGCGUAGCUGCACAACAUGCGUCUGAGUGACUUCUCCGCUU